AUGCCGAGACGACACUGGUUUGAAAGAGUCUUAUGGGUUACAAUAGUGGCGCUCGCCACUUGGGGCGCCCUCAACGUGUCCCUUGGGCAACUACAGCGGUUCAACGACAAUCCAACUGUGGUGACCCUGGAGAAAGACUUUCGUUCUUGGAGGUUCUCUUUACCAGCUGUUACCGUUUGUCAUGGGAAUCGCUCAGACCCUGAAAACCUGGUGAAGGCCAUCAAAGCCCGCUGGCGCGUGUCACCAGAAGACCCUCGCUAUUCUUAUUACACGCGUUUCGUGUUGACCGUGGCCAAUUCAGACCUGUUCCACCUCCAGGGUUAUGAGGAGUUCAGAGGAGAUGCUUCGCUUAAUGUGGACUUGCUAGAACUGGUUAAAGAGGUGAUGCCUGAACUGGUGAUAAAAACGUCAUCAUCACAACCGUUACCUCUCCAAUGGACACCGGUGAUGACUGAAAGCGGAGCCUGCUACAUCACCAAUUCUGUGGCGUUUGCUGAUGUUGCUUUGUCAAAACUCCGAGGUAACAUCACAAACGACCUUCCCGUCACCUGCCACUACUCCGCGAUGGUCUGCUACAUCAUAUUCGAAGUCACGAAGACGGUUCACUUUUACAUCCACUCACCAUACGAUGUCGCGAAGACCACGGAAAAAGCAAGUACGGUUUUUCCGGCUUUGAACCGCUUCGUAGAGUUGAGUGUCGGCGAGACGAGGGCUGGUUCCAGGGUGAGGGAUCUGUCUCCCAGACGACGGGCUUGCAGGUACACGGACGAAGCACUUUUGGGGAAGCAGGUGUAUAGUACUGAGAUGUGCAGAUUGUCAUGUAGAAGCAACCUAGCCCUAGAGCUGUGCGGCUGUCGGCCUUUUUACUAUUUCUUCGAAGUGGGUCCAUCAUGCACCCCAUCUGGGAUGUGGUGCCUCUCCCAGCACAGCCGAGAACUCGCCAACUUCGGUGGCAUCAGAUGCAACUGCAGUGCGCCCUGUCUCCACGCCGAGUUCAAAGAGAACUUCGUCGAAGAUCAGCUCUGGGGAAAAGGCCCGUUUCAGGAAAGGGGAGCAAUACGGUUAUCAGUGCAAGCUCCACGAUCGAGAUACAUCAGAGAAAUCGUUUUCCACUUCGAGGACUUAGUUGUUUCGUUCGGAGGUGCAGCAGGGUUGUUCCUUGGCGCCAGUUUUAUUACAUUCAUUGAGAUUAUCUACUUCAUGUUGGAGAAAGUGUUUGGCAUGUUUUCUACGGACGAAAAGCCAAAACCACUGAAAGAACAAGGAUCUUACGAAAGACCAUCAAAGGACAAUAUAAUUAUAGAAUCGCAGAGAUUUUACUAUUGA